CGCAACAAAAAGCCAGCGUGUGUAUCUGAGCGUAAUCCUUCCAUGGCACCAGUGGCCGGAGGUGCGGCGACGGCGAUGCUGCAACUUCUCCUCGUCACUCACCUCAUCGUUGCCACCUGCAGCAGCCAACAGGCGGCAGGUCUCAGAGGAGCUGUUGUGCCUGCACUCGUCUCGGUGCCCAUGCCGACAAUCACGGCUGACUCACCAGAUCAGUUCCGCGGCAAGCUUCGACUUCCACGUUUUGCUUUGCCAAGCCACUAUGAGCUCAAUUUCCGCCCUGACCUCAUGUCCUACACCUUCUCUGGUGUGGUGGCAAUUACUGUCAUCGUCUUAGCACCGACCCGAUUCCUCGUGCUCAAUGUUAUGGAACUCACCAUUGACCAUGCAUCCAUUUACUUCAAGUUGUCCCAAUGUUUGGUGCCAACCGAGGUGGUGUUUUUCAAGGAUGACCAAAUUAUGGUGCUCAGGUUCCGUAAAGAGCUUCCACUAGGUGAGGGUGUUCUUAGGGUGCAUUUCAAUGGCACCCUCAAUCAUGAGAUGAUGGGAUUUUACAGGAGGUAUGACAUCCUUUUUGCAUUUGUAUUUCAUGCACGAAAGCGUAAUAUUACCAAUUGGUAUUAG